GGAAGAGGAGGAGGAGGAAAAAGAGGAGGAGAAAGAGGAAGGAGGAAGCGUCAAAGACAUUAACGAAAAAGCAGAAAAAUGCAUAGAAGCAGAGGAUACUGGAAAAACACAGGAGCCUCAGCAGGACGAUUACGUCAUCCCGCUGGCUGUGCCUUCCACAGUUGCCGGCGAGAUGAGUCACCCUCUGGCGACGGCGAGAAAUGCGAAGACCCAGGAAUCGCGCGUCGACGACGACGAGGAGGAGGAAGACGAAGACGAGGAGGAGGACAUGCUGGCGAAGGAGUCCGAGGAAGGAUCCGACUCCAGCGACUCGCAGUACGCGAGCAUGAGCGAGUCGUCGUCCACGCCCACCACUCCAGCGGGCGAGCCUUCCGACGCCCACGAAGCGAGCGCGCCCACGCAGCCCCCUUCCUCCACCAGCAUCUCCGGCGACGCCCCUGGCAACACGAGCAAGGGCGAAGAGCAGGAGGAUAAGGGAGUUGACAGCGCGGACAAUAGCGCCUCCUUGGACAGCAACAUGACAGACAGCAGAAUCACAGACAGCAGCAUCACGGACAGCAUGACCACCGAAAGCAGCCAAGCAAGCACGGACGCCGGCGAGGGCUCCGCCGCCGCCGCCGCCGCCGCCAGCCCCGCGGACUCGACCAGCAUCAUGCAGGGCUACGUCAUGGUGCCCAUCCUCACGCCCUACUACGACCCGUCGGUCAUCUACGGAUACCCGGUGGUCGUGGCUGACCAGCAGCAGCAGCAGCAGCAACUACACCAACAGCAGCAACAGCAACGGAACUACAGCAAGAGAAAGAAGAAGAAAUACCAGCGCCGCCGCCAGGCCGAGUCCGCAUCUGGAGGCUACCUGGACCCCCACCUGUACACGGGGGAGCCCUUCGUGGCCACGCCCGGCGGAUACGUGGUGCCGUUGGACCCCGCUUCCGUGUGCCACGUGCACGGCCUUCCGUACGUGCCACAGCCCUUCCCCGCCCACGCCCCCCUGCCCCACCAGGCGCACGACGAGGGCUUCGUGUCCGUGCAGCACUCGCCGUACCUUCCCGAGGCCGUGCCUCCUCCGGGGGGCGAGCAGGCGCAGCAGGCGGGGGGAACGAGCGGCGACGACGCCUCCAAGACGGUCUUCAGCGACCUGCAGGAUACGGAGCGGCGACAGAUCCAAGAAAUCCUGCAGGAUCGGGCGAAGGUCGGGAAGUCGGACUCGACCGAAUCCUCGGAUUCCGGGGUUUCGGAGUCUGAGGAAACGGCGGCCACUGAGCUGUCCUCGGACGAGUUGGAGGCCCGCGAGCGGCGGACCUCGCGCGAACAGGGCGCGGCGGCCGAGCAAGGCGACCCUGCCGGCGAGGAGACAGCGGCGGCUUCUUCGGAUGCCUGUCAGUUUCAGGAAACUUUAAAAAACGAAACAUGUAUUAAUGCUCAACUUGACUUAUCAGAAGUUUCAUCGUCCGACGACACCCUUUCAGCAACAGCAGAAAAUACCGCAGAAACUGUUUCGUUAACGGCGAGCGACGACAGUUGCCCGAAGGUUGCGGAACAGUGUGACGCAAGCGGCGCCGAGGAGCUGCUCUCACAAACUCCUGUGAGCUGUGAAGAUGCGAGUGAUGUCUGCAGAAGUACGCAAGUGUCAGCGCCGGUAACUGACAUCACUGACGCUGAAAGUUGCACGACGUUGGCGCUCGCUGACAGUGCAGAGUUAGAAAGUGUUUGUGCAAGUCCUGUGUCCGGUGCGGAGUCUGAAGUUACUGAAAAGGAGGAGGAAAAAUUUUGUGGUGUGAGUACCGAUGUCGACAUUCAGAGUUCCAAAAUUAGUUUUACAGAAUCAAAUGAUAUUUUUGACAGCGCUGAUGCUCACAAAAUAGGCGAAAAUCAUAAAUGUUCUGAAUUGAUAGAGGAAAAAGAUAAAGUAACUACUACAGAGAAAUCCUUAGAAUUAGCCACAGAAGAUUCAGCAGAUGGUGAAGUACACUGUAAGAGCAUUGCAGAAGUCUCAUUCAGUAAUGAAACUAGUGACGUCUGUGUCGAAAGCAAUGUCGAGUCAGUUUGUGAUUUUUUAACUAAGGGUGCUGAGGCUAACCUUAAGUGUCAGGGUGAGGUAGCAGUCAGCAGUGAGCCUGACAUCAAAUGUUCUAAGAUUUCUGCUCAGGAGUUGGAAAUUGCUCAAGACUCUCCUAUUGUUCCAGGAAACACAAAUCUAUGCGACAUUAGUGUUGACUCGAGAACAGAAGGUGCUGUGAAUGACGGAGGGACUAGAGAGAGCAGUAUAGAUCGCGAUAGUUUAAAAGAUUUGAAGGUGACCGAAGCCGUGAAGAGGUGGAUUAGGGAAGUCACUCCUGAGAAGGCUUUUACCCUCUCCGAGGAGGUACAGAGCCUCCUCCUGGCCGAACAAGAGCUCGACGACGAGCUGGACACAGAAGACGAGUACAUAGAAGACGAGAUCUCAGAGGAAGCUAAAGCAAUUGUUAUGGAUCCAAAAAACGUGGAAGGCAACCCUUUUGUUGCAGCCUCCAGUGAUGCCCUGAAAUCGGACAUGGAGAGCUGCAGCAAAAGGGUUGCUUCCUGCAGCAGGUCAAGGGGGACCACUCCCGAGACUUUUGAUGAGUACGAUGGCGCCAGCACCAUCAGUAACCUCAGUUUCGACCGCCUGUAUUCCGAGGCAUCGUCCAGCCGCCCGGCCUCUACCAAUCAUAGCUUUGACGAAGAGGAGAUCGAGAAAUACUCUGGAAACCCCGAAAUCUACAACCCAGUAGCAUAUGCGAAAUACUACCAGCUAGGCAUUGAGGUUGACGAGACCACCCCCGUCGCCACGCCCCUCCCGGGAAGCGGCAGCAGGACCAGAGACGCAACGCCGGCGGCCGAGGCUCACUCGGAAGCCGGAAGUGACUGCGGGUCUGAGGAGGUGGAGACAGUUCCCCACAAGUACGACGUGGCUCAGCGGCACUCGGAGGCGUCCCCGAUGUCCCUCGCCACGGAGAUCCUGAAGGCAGAGAAGCUGCUAAAUAACAUGGCUCACAUCACCGGCACUCCGCACGAGGCGGCAGCAGCGGAAGAGCGCUUCGGGAAUCCAGAUAUUUUUCUAAAGCAUUUCAGAACAGGCCUACACGGUGAAGUAGGGGAUAGUGGAGUCCAGUCAGAGGAGAGCAGUGAUGAAACUGAAGCUCGAAGUACUGUUGGCAGCAGUGGUGUUGGCUCAUCACUCGCCUCCACACCAGCCAUUUCCCCAGCACACCACACCAAUGGCAGGCCGCCCCUUCAGCCGCACCCACUGAAAAACUUGAGUGUUGGAGAGGGUCCUGUGCCCUGCAGGACAGUUUGCUGUGCUGUCAUGUGAGCAUCCUGCGGUGUAUACUGUGGGUUUUGUUCCAUCAUAUUAACCCUGUGGCUUGGAAGGCAGGCAAAGGGGGCACUUCUCCCGCCUCCGCCCGCUUGUGCCUUACAGGGAGACUCCUGGGUGGGGGACUACCCAGACACUGAGGGUACAACGCUUAAACUGCUGUGAACUGCGGCCCCGUGGGUCACAUGCUCACUUGUAAUCUGUAGGUGCACAUUACUGUGAAAAAGACAGUGUGUGUGCGCAAAUGUGUGUGUGUGUGUGUACGUUGGACGUAAAUCGAGUAGUGAGUCCGUGCAAGGUUGCUGUAGGAUAGAGUCAUCGAGUCACGCAAGAGCCGUGCUUUUGGUGCUAUGGUCAGUGGGGUCGAGAGCCCUCACGGCCUCACAUGGGUUGCACUGCACUUGAAGCCUGUAGGCCUGUUAGGGGUCGUUGCCCACGCCCCCGCAACCACUUUCGCCUCCAUAAGGUGUCGUUGCACCUGCAGGUGUGUGGGCGUGAGAUUGAGUCACAUCACCCAGAAUCGCUUCAUUCUCAUGCAAUGUCAUUGUGAUAGGUAUAGUGAACCCUAUAGAUAGCUGUUAUUUAUUUUUAGACAUGUGAUGUUUUAGUCGUUAUUAUAGAGAUGUUAUACCCUUGUGCAUUUAGAUGUCAUUUGGGUAGUGUUUAUAGUAGGUAUCAUAUUUUGUUGCAAAAGAGCAUAGUUGUAGGUGGGCCAGGUGCCCCACAUGGGUACACAGGCUGGGACAACAUGGGACUUGUUCAAGAGAGUGUGGACCUGAUCCAAAUAUAUCAGUGUUAUGCUUGACAAUUUUUUUCCUCGUCACUAAAAUUCAUAACCAUGUCCUCAGAGAAAUUUACUGUUAUGUUCCCCCAAGCCUAGCUACCCAUCAUCCUUUUAUGUUGUUAGAAAAGCUGCUUCUUAAGACUGCAGCUUCCACAUCACCUUCGACGCCUAUUUUGUUGCAACUGUUGGAUGUCAACGGAGACCCAUUGCUGCAUAACGUUAAGUUGCUUAGUGCACAGCAAUAGUUUGACUAUGCACGUCACUUGAUCUGUUAUGGUUAUUAUUAAAGGGUAAUAUUGUAACUAAUAGUCUCCCAUGGAUUAGAGAGAGAGAAGCUUGAUUAUUGUUAAACAACGAAUUGUGCGAAAUGGUUGUUUGUGUAAGACAUAGCGAGUUUGAGUUGUUGUUUGUUAUAGCCUAUAUACAAUGGAACUAAAGUUCACCUAUUUUUGCUGAUACCUGUUUCCAGGUUUUUACCUCUUGUUGUACGGUAAAUGAAUUGCUGACCAAAAUGCACUCUUGUUUGCAUAUCUUCAGCCUUUGUGAGCAAUGGACUUUGAUCCUUUUGCCUCUGUGACUUAAGACUGUGGCAGCUUAAAUGAAGUACCUUGGCUGUGUUAAAGAUGUUAUUUCAUAAUUACAAAUCAUAAUUUCCAUUAUUUUUCCCAGAGAUAAACCAGAGACCAACAAUUUCGUUGUUUGUCAAUUUCCACUGUUGCCAUGUUACUUAUAUAUUCCAUAGACAAGAAAUGGCUGCACCCUCUAUGGUACCGCCAAGGAUGUUGGAUUGUUAUUUUCUUUUUGUAAAUAUAGAUUCAAUAAAAAAUUGUUGUAUUUA